GAGUUCGACAUGGGGAAAGUGUAUGUACAUGCAUACGUACACCUUCUGCCAGAUAGUUUGUUUAGAGAAAGGCUAUUCAGCAGUCAGCACGGCGAGUACGAGGAAGGGAAAACCCACAUGGAUUUAAGUCCGGUUGGACAACCAAGAGUCAAUAGUUGUUGUUAUUCCAUAGGUGGUGAAACCGAAAUAAGGUGAAAGUGUGAAAAUAAAAGGCAGGAAAUCGCAUUUCAACUAAAUAUUAAGAGAGCAAAAAACAAUUUGAGACUACGCAAAUAGGUUGCGGACCUUUGUUGCGUACGUACAGAGUUAAUCGCAGCAUGAGAAAUUGUUUUGCUUAUGCAGUCAAAUUUAAUCUAAAUAAAAUCACAUCCAACUUUAUAUUUGUUUAUAAACUGGGCGAUGAAAGGGGAAAAAAUUGUCAAGUUUAUAUUGUCAACUUGACAUUUCCAAUUUGACGUUGACUCGACAUGAGCUCGAAUCUGAUUUUGACAUUCUAUAAUGACAAAGAAAGCAGGCAUCGAAAAUUGAUCUGGUUUAUUUUGUUUGCAGUGUUCUGAAUGAAAUAAAAUACAAUGAGCGAGUGUUUGGUUCUUGAGGCUGCUGCUGCUGCUGCUACAAAUUGUUAGUGAAAGAGGAAAGUGAUCGGAUUAUUUUCGUUUGUCAGAUCAGAAAGCUACAUCGAGGAGAUUGUCAAAGAAUAAAAAAUAUAAAGAUGCAGACAGCAGUCGGGAAAGCGAAUCUGUGACUGAAUUGAGUUACUUUUCCUUGUUUUUUUUCAUCUACUCAGGCCGAGUGUAUCAGAUUUGAUUGGAAACUGAAGACAAGAGAGACCAAAAUUGGACGCUUCAUAUUAGCAGGAAUCAUAUGUAUCCACGUAUGCAGUAGUAACUCCGUUUUCUCAGAAUUUCUCGUCUUAAUGGUUGAAAAUAUAUCGAGCAAGGUGCCAGACAAAAUCGUGCAAGGAUUAUAAUGCGUAUCUUUUCACUUUCUACGACUACGACUACGAUGGUUAGUACAUAACAACACAUAAAAAUAAUGGGCAGCAGCAAACCGCUGAAACAUGAGAUAAAAACUAAUUGUCACACAACUCUAACGUGACCAAUUGCUGGAUAACCAGUAAGUGUGCAAUACUUGUACGAUAACAGAAGGACAUUUAUAUAUAUAUAUAUAACUGACAAGAGUGCUACAUAGCUGAUACAAUUAUGUGACAGUUAUUACAAGGACAAGAAUUAAAAACCUCAAGUUUCAUGAGGAGGAGGAGGAUGAGAUCUUCAAGGGAGCUGGGUUGUGCAGCAAGGCAAUGAGUGAAAGCACCGGGGAGAAAGAUGGACAAAAUGGUCUUGUACAUAAGGAAACUGACGGGAAUUCCGAGUCCUCGACGCCCAGCCCCACCACACCAGCUGCAUAUAUGGAAACAUCAACUGCUAAUAAGCAAAUUCCUACUGCAUCAUCUCACCAUCAGCAUUCUCACCAAAAAGCUCAGCAGACCCGUCCACAUUCCUCAACCUCCUCCGCCAUUCGUGCUCCCAAGAACGGAAAUGGGACGACAAACUCUACCAGACCAAAGUCUGGUAAGGUCAGAAAGGGACCACAAAAGGAUGCAGUAGGUCCUCCGGUAAACAAUGAUGCUGCUGAGCAUUCAUCGACCAUCCACAAUUCCAAAUCAGUUCCCAGGUCUUCCGGCAUCAAAUCUCAUCAGAGUUCUUCUUCAAAUGGCAGAGAAGGAGAUGAAGACGGGACCGAACAACAUGUCACCACUCAAGAACCAGGAGCAUCUGUAAGUGGAAAGAACAAGACCUCCUCGGAUGCGACUGGUAGUGCUCGACAUGGUGAGACUGGAUCGAGUAGCAGCAGACCAUCCAAUUUUGCCCCAACUUCUGACCCACUCACCACGACGACUGGAUCUGAACGCACGAAGCUGUCUCCAGUUCCCAGUACGGGCAAGAACAAGAAACCAGGAGGAGAAAAACCAAGCAGACAAGGUUUAGCCUCCCUGACUGGGAUACCAUAUGAGUCCGGAGUUAACACGGAAUGCAUUCAACUGCUGCGACAGUUGUGGAACGUCCACGAAGAAGCUGUCCAAUUUCUGGGACAGAUUCGUUCUGCGUUGACCCACUUCCGCCAAGAACUCCGUGCGCAGGAGAAUCACUUUGAGAGUAACUUGAGGGAAAAAAGACACUCCAAUGCGGCCAGCACCACGGGGCCUUUAGCUGGUGCAGUAAUUAGCAGUGGUGGUGGUUCAGGUGAACGCGGGGGAAAUGAGGACAUGGUCAGAAUUGAUGGAUGGGUCCCACUUCAAAUGUUUAUCGAUGGACUUAAAUGCAUUUCUGAUAGUUUUUCGGAUAUUGAGAAACAGUUCGGAACCCUUUCCGUCUUCAAAACUCAGUGCAAAUUAACGCUUUUUGCAAAGGUGAAGCAUGCCAAGUUGCAGGUGACACACGACAGACUUUCUAUCAUGCACGGGAUCCAACAACUCAUCACCGUGGCUCUCAACCUUCUCGCCUCUCCGUCAUCCUGGUGUGUCACCGAAGAGGGGAAAGUGGCCAAGCUGGUUCAAAAUGUCUUCCAAUUAACUGAAGUGUAUAACUCGGUGUUAGAAUCGUCUUGGUCAAUAGCAACCACGUCUGAGUCGACGGAAGCAGCCUCCAACACGUCAUCACUGGUCGACAUGGAGGCUGGAACCACAAAUGCACCCAGCAACAAAAAAUCAGCCAUAACCUCCAUCCAAGUUUUAGUUCAAAUCAAUGCUGCCAAUCGAAAUGACUCUCCUCUCCUUAAACUCUCAAUGAAACCCUUGAAUGGGAUGCGGCUGUUGCAGAUUUUGGCAGAGAAAAGGUCAACCUUUGCUGCACAUGCAUUCUAUAAAACCAUGUUGUCAACUUUCUUCACAAAUCCGUCCGAAAUGUUGACUCCAGGCAAGUUUGAGUCAUGUUACUCUGAGGAGGACUCGGGCCUGCGUCCUUUGGGGAAGGCCUUUUCGCACUGCCCUUCUCUCCUGGGGCAUGCAGCCGUCAAGAAGACGGAAAAUGGGGAGCAACGUCUUUGUAGAAGCACAAGGACUAAAAUGUACUCUUAUUUUCAUCAAGUGCUCUGGACACUUGCUGGCGAGCAUGCUGAAGAUUUACUGCUCUGGGGCACAUUUUACAACUUGCCCAUGGUUCUUCAGCCAUUAGAAGCAUUUUCCACGUUACGCAAUGCGCUUUCCCUUGGGCAACAUUUGCAAGAGAGUAAUCUCUCACCAAUGUUGUCAGCAUUUGACUCCGUCUCUGGAGCCCUGCACUCCUUCUCCCUCCUUGCCAACUGGGAUGAAAAAAUGCGAGAAGCUUUCCAAGAAAUGUAUCAAGUUAAACGUCCCGAACACAUUUCUCUCGUCAGCAAACCCGAACCUUCCCAAUGGGCCACAGAGAUUGGAUCAAAAUUCGGUCAAAUCAUAACCAGUUGUGUAAGUAUGAUUGACUCUGGAAGCGGAUACAACACUGGCCGAUUUUCUGCUCCUGCCAAUGAAGAGGAACCUUUGGGGAAUGAGGCUCAGAUUUUCUUCAGACUUGAAGCUUCCUUGGUCUACUUUAAAGCGUGGGUGGUCAAAAGGUCAAAAGUCUGGUUGAACGGAUGGGCUAUUCCACAAUUUUUGGCCAUUUCUCAGAGGGAACCAGCUCUUUUGGUUAAGCUCAUCAAGUCCAGAGAAUCGCUGUUAAUCACUCGAGACUUUUUGCUAAAUCACGAAGACAUUUCAAUUCGCCUAAGUGCCAAACAUAGGAAGGCUUGUGCUGAUGAUUUAAGAGUUGCUAUACUCAUGGUCCAAACCAUGCCUGACGAACUACUGCAAACCGUUGGACCUGUGUGCAGGACGCUAAGUUUGGCCACUCUGCAAUCAUACAUGCCCCCUGCGAGUCACUGGAAAAGUAGCGGCUUCGGAACUGGACAUGGUCCGGACAAACCCUCGAAUUAUGUCAGUAUAUUCAUUGGCCGUGUAGUUGAGCCUGUGACCACAGCCUCAGUCGAGCUAAUUCCAGGCCCGGUGCAAGAAGCGAUGGGAAAGCAAAUCGUUCAUGCCGCAUGUGAUGCCUGGUUGCAGUACAUUCUCCAUAAGAAACUGAAAUUUAGCGAAUGGGGUGCUGUUCAACUGCUGAGAGACUUUACCGCAUUUCGAGAGUGGAUAAGGACGGAGACCGAGUUGGAGAAGGAGGCCCGAAAAGCCAUCCUGCAUUUGGAGGUCCUCAAGACGUGCGAAGGGGUGGCCUACUUGCUUCUUCGAAAUCCUGGAGAUGUUCUCGGAGUGGGGAAGAAACCCUCGAGGCAAAAUCGACGAGUUGCACCAACCUCUUCAGAUUCCGUAACGUCUUCCCCCGACAGAGACGCAGAUUCUACAGCGGAGGAUGACAUCCCUGCAGAGAUGUACGUUCCCAACCAGCAAAUGUGGUUAGAACUCAGGUUACGAAGAAGCUAUUUCACACCACCGUGCUGCUAACGGAGUGCUUCAUUUGAGAGAGAACGUAUCACAACCAGUUCACAUCUUUCUUCGUCAUGCUUUCACUUUGGAUUAAACUUUGGAUGUUCUGUAGACACACCACACGUGUGCUUGUACGUAUUCAUAUUCAUAUUCCAUCAGGUAUGGUUUAAGCUAAAUUAAGUGUACUGUCGAGUACGUGGUUUCGUCUACUGUAUGUAUUUAGUGUUUGGUUCACUAUGAAACCGAAGCCGGUUUUUCAGAGGGUGGAUCAAAGGUACAUUGAAUAAUAGGACAUAUAGGAUUUGUGCAUGACGAGAUGCACAAAAACAAGAUUAUUGAAAAUACUCUACUAAAUUAAAAUCCUGAGAUUAAUAACUAUUUAUAGUGGGAAAGAGAUAUGUCAAUCGAUAGUGGAAAAUGUUAACUAUUUAACUUUAUAUAAUAAUAAUUAACUAAGUGUUUGCAUUUUUUGGGUGUUUUAUUCUCUUUAAACUCAAAUGGUGCCAGAUGUACCCUUAUUGGUCAUUUGUUAAGUCUACUCUCUUGUUUCACUCCACGUCAUGUUUUUAUGCAAAUUAUACUACAUAACUAGGAUACAUAUAUGCAUAACUUAAGUACAUAUAGCAAACGUGAUUCGUUGAUUAAUUUAUAGGACUUAUUGAAAAUGGCACUCAAGAUAAAUAAAUCAAAACCAUUGAAUUGUCAUGAAAUUAA